GCGCGCUGCGAGCUCGAGAACCCGCGGGGCGCCUCCUUCUCCCCCCCGUGCGGCCACACCAAAGGGGCAAGCAGUACAGCGGCCGGGAGAUUGAUUGAUUCCUGCGCCGGCGCCCACCGAUUUCCGCCAAAGAGUAAUGCGCAUAACGACUUACAUCAAUGGCGUCGCUGGUGCCCGGUGUCCUCGUCAAGCUCCUUCAGCACAUGAACACGGAUGUUAAAGUCGCGGGCGAGCACCGGUCGUCGCUGCUUCAGGUUGUCAGCAUCGUGCCAGCGCUCUCCGGGAGCGAUCUUUUCACCAACCAAGGGUUCUACCUCAAGGUGUCCGAUUCAUCCCACGCCACCUACGUCACCCUUCCCGAGGAGCAGCAUGAUCUCAUCUUGAGCGACAAGAUUCAGCUAGGCCAGUUCAUCCAUGUAGACCGCCUCGAGGCGGCCACGCCGGUGCCCAUCCUUUGGGGAGUUCGGCCGGUUCCUGGCCGCCAUGCCUGCGUCGGCAAACCUGAGGACCUUGUGCUAACUAGCUCUUCUGGUGCUGCUGGCAGCAAGAAGGUGCAACCGGCCAAUGGAUCGAAAGCAACCAAUGGAGUGAAAGAUGCCGGCGCCUUGUCUCUAGAAAAGGAGAAGAGCAAGCUAGAGAAAAUAAACGCUUCCCACAAAACCGUUGGGACGGAAAAUAAGAAACCGCUGCUGACUAAGUCAAAAUCUUCGCUGUCAAAACAGGCUCUGAAUGCGGUUGCUGAUAAGAAGGAAGCGGUGAAACCGAAGACAAGGCCUGGUAGUGUUAGAUCAACGCCUUCAUCUCCAACCAGUGUGUAUUCUAUGCCUGGAACAUUUGACAGGUUUUCUAGUGACCUAAGACAGAGACACGGGGUAAAAGGAGCAGAGAAAGCAGCUUCUUCUAGGCUAUCUUUGUUGGAAAGGGCAGCUUCAGUUUUGAAGGUCACCACUGCAGGGAGGAGGUCCUCUGUAGGUAACUCGAUCAGUAGCUCUUUGUUGGGUAUUGGAUCAGGACCAAAGGCCUUGAGAAGAAGCUGGGAAGGAGCUGUAGAUACAAAAGGGAAAAUCAACUCAGAUUCGAAGACAACCAGAGUUGAUAGGAAACCUGAGAACAGGGGUCCAACGACUCCUAGAAGAAAGCCACCAGUGAACGAGAAGGCGUCACAUAAAGAUGACAGUAAGAACCAUAACCCUGCUAGAAAGAGCACAGCGAGCGCUCCUGCUCCUGCUCCUUCAGUUGAUGCUGACAAAGCACCGAAGAAGCAUCCUCCUACUCUAAAGAGGCCAUCUGGGGUUUUAGGCAACCCAAAUGCUACAAAUUUGGUUAAGAUUCCCCCGAACAGCAAAAAACUGACGGAUGCUAGCAGUUCAUGGACAUCACUUCCUCCGCCACUUGCCAAAUUAGGAAAGGAGCUUCUGAAGUACAGAGAAUCGGCGCAGGUAGCUGCUGUUGAAGCCAUGCAGGAAGCUUCUGCUGCAGAAAGCUUGCUGAGAUGUUUGAGCUCCUACGCGGAGGUGAGCUCGACGGCGGAGGAGCACAACCCUCAGCCAACUGUCGAGCAGUUCCUCGCCCUCCAUGGCGCGCUUUCCCGUGCCACUGUUAUCACCGACACCCUCACAAAGUCGGCAGCCUCGCCGGAAUGCUCAGCGGCCAGCGAUGCCGGGACGGUGGUCUCUGCCACGGACGAAGAGACUGCUGCUGUCGCGGCAGAGCGGCAACGCCGAGCCAAGUCCUGGGUGAACGCCGCGCUUGCCACGGACCUCUCUGCCUUUGGCCUCUACAACCUCAAGCCGGCCCCGGCCACGGUACCCUCGCCGCUGGCCGUGGUCGUCGUCGAUGAGUCGGUGAAGCCGGCUGCAGCGGCGCCCAAUGCCGUGAAGUCGUUAUCUCCAGCGGCGAAGUCGCGGAUGUCCCCUGCAAAGGGGAAACCAAGGACGAGCCCGGUGACUAUGGCAGCGGCAGCGGUGGCGCCGCCGCCGGAGUGGGAGAGGGGAGUAGGCGCGGAGGAGAGGGGCCAGCUGGCUCGGCGGCUCGGGGAGGAGUCCAGGGGGUGGUUCCUCGGGUUCGUGGAGCGGUUCCUGGACGCCGACGUGUCGGCAGCGGCGCCAUGGGACCGCGAGCGCGCGGCCAGGAUGCUCCCGCAGCUGAAGCGCGUCAACGACUGGCUUGGCGAGAUCGGGACGCGCAGCGAGGCGCCUCCGCCUCCGCCGCUGGACGGGGACGAGGAGGAUGCGCUGGCCACCACUCCCACUGCCGCGAACGGCGGCUGCGGCGUGCCCGAGGAGACGAUCGAGCGGCUGAGGAAGAAGAUCUACGAGUUCCUCCUCACCAACGUCGACUCGGCCGCCGCGGUGCUCGGCGGCGCGGCGUCCGCGCCGGCGCCGGCGCCGGCGAACGGGAAGAAGUUGUGACGUGGUCGGCACGUUGGCUGAAGCCUAAUUGGGCCUGGUGGUAGUUUGGAAUUUGUUUGGGCCAAGGAAUGGUCUUGGUUUGCUAAUGUAGCUUGUAGGGCUUUUGUUGGGCUUUGGGUCCUCUAACCCUUCUCUCUUUCUCUCUCACUCUCGAAAGGUUGCAGAAAAAAGGUGGUGGUUUGACGAAUUGACCUGUAUUUAUUAUAUCACUGAUGUUUGAUUUGAUUGGUUAAAUUAAAUCUAUUUUGCGAGUAAUGUCACCUCCGACUUUUUUGAGGCCGGAUGGUGACUUGUGCUUAAA